AAGGAACAUGUACUUUUGGUCAUUAAUGUGCUGUAAUACCAGGACUCGCUGAUUAACCGCAAGGUGUCGCUGUGUUACCCGUGCUCUCCUGACAACCACAGCGCGGGUUCUGUCAGCUUCUAUGGGUUCAGUUUAAUUACAGUAUCUAUUUAUUGUAUAUACUGUAGUAUAUCUUUUACACAGAGCGGUGUAAGCAGCUUCCCUCAGUGUAAGCCGUGCAUACAUUGAUAUGUAUCUGUUGCUGGAAACAGAAGGGCGGUCCUUUGUAUCUGUAACACUUUCGGUUUCAUAACCCUUCUGAUAAAACCGGCAGAGACGAGGCAGAAAGAGAGAGAAACUAAAGCAACGCUUCUUGCAGUCCGUGAACCUCGAGUCUACAUUGUACAGGUUUUGGGCUUUAACUACAUCAUUUUAGUUAUUUUGGGUGAUUUGCUUACGAGCACAUUUCAAUAAGAAGCUCUUCCGGCAAACCUACAUCUUACAGUAACAAGCCCUCACCAUGAAGCCGCUGGCAGCGCUGGCGUGUCUCCCGGUGCUGGACGUGGCCGUCACUCACGCCCUGCGGCUCGGGCUGACCCGGGUUCCAGUGCCGGAGCUGCAGCUCCCUCUGUGGAGCCUGUGGGUGACGGGUCUGCUGCGAGCCGCUGUGCUGAGCCUGGUCUUCUGUCACACCGUCCGCAGGGCGCCGCAGUGCCCGGCCUGGCUGCUGAGCAGAGACGCGCUGCAGAGUGUGCUGCUCCUGAGCCUGCUCCUGCCCUGCUACGCCACGCUGCAGGCUGUGAGUGCAGGCGGGGCGCAGGAGCUGCUGUGGGGCUGGCACUGUCCGAGCGCCCUGGCGCUGGGGUAUGGAGUGACCGUCGCGACGGCUGUGCUGUGGCAGCGCUACGCGCCCUCCCCUACCGAACCCGGGUCCCAGAAGAGAAACGGGGCGUCGCUCAGGAGGCUGGCGGAGCAGAUGAGCCCCGACGCUAGGCACUUCGCAGCGGUGGGGUUCUUCCUGGUGGUGUCAUCUCUGGGUGAGAUGGCCAUUCCCUACUACACAGGGAGGAUGACAGACUGGAUCAUGAACGAGGAGGAGCCAGAAGCUUUCAAUAACGCCAUCACUGCCAUGGCCCUCAUCACCAUUGGGAGUACUGUGUCAGAGUUUGUAUGUGACCUCAUCUACAACAUCACAAUGAGCCGGAUUCACAUGAGAAUCCAGAGCCGGGUCUUCAGGUCAGUGCUGCGGCAGGACAUUGCCUUCUUCGACACGGCGCAAACCGGUGACAUCACGUCCCGCAUCACGACGGACACGAACACGAUGAGCGAGUCUCUGAGUGAGAAGCUCAGCCUGCUCAUGUGGUAUUUCAUGAGGGUGCUGUGUCUGUUCGGCUUCAUGCUCAGACUGUCCUGGAAACUCUCCCUCUUCACUGCCAUCGGCCUGCCCAUCAUCUGGGUCAUUCCAGAGCUGACCGGGAAAUUCUACCAGAAACUGUCAGUGAGAGUGCAGGAGUCUCUGGCAAAGGCAAACGCCGUUGCUAUGGAGACGUUCUCGUCGAUGAAGACAGUGCGCAGCUUUGCUAACGAGGAGGGCGAGGUGCAGCGAUACCGAGACAAACUGGAGGAGACGUACCGGCUCAACAAGAUCGAGGCUGCUGCCUACGCUGCCUCCUCCUGGACAAACAGUCUCUCCAGCCUGGCUCUGAAGGUCUCUAUCCUGUACUAUGGAGGGAUGCUGGUGACCUCGGGGGAUGUGAGCAGUGGAGACCUGGUGUCCUUCGUCCUGUAUGAGCUGCAGUUCUCCUCCGCUGUGGAGGUGCUGCUCUCGUACUAUCCCCAUGUGAAGAAGGCGAUCGGCGCCUCAGAGAAAAUCUUCGAGUACAUGGACCGCGAGCCGGAGAUGACAGCGGGGACCCUCGCACCCGAGACCCUGAGGGGACACGUGGAGUUCAAGAACGUCAGCUUCGCCUACCCUCGCAGACCCGACACCACCGCGCUCAAGAGCGUCUCGUUUGAGCUGCGCCCCGGUGAGAUCACGGCUCUGGUGGGCCCCUCUGGCGGGGGGAAGUCGACGUGUGUGUGUCUGCUGGAGCGCUUCUACCAGCCCCAGAGUGGAGAGAUCCUGCUGGACGGAGCUCCCCUUCAAGACUACCAGCACUCGUACCUGCACAGGAAGGUUGCUCUGGUGAGUCAGGAGCCGGUGCUGUUCGCUCGCUCGGUUCAGGAGAACAUCUCGUAUGGAGUGGAGCAGAAAAGCGAGGAGGAGGUGCAGCGAGCAGCCAAGAGAGCCAUCGCACACGACUUCAUCACGGAGCUGCAGGAGGGCUACAGCACCGAUGCUGGUGAGAAGGGCGGGCAGCUCUCGGGGGGUCAGAAGCAGCGUGUGGCGAUCGCUCGGGCUCUGCUCAGGGACCCCCGCAUUCUCAUCCUGGAUGACGCCACCAGCUCCCUGGACACUGAGACUGAGCACCUGGUCCAGUCGGCUGUGCUGAAUGGGCGCCGCUGCUCGGUGCUCCUGAUCUCUCACAGGCUGAGCUCCCUGGAGCGGGCGGACCGCAUCAUCGUGCUGCAGGGAGGGGAGGUGGUGGAGCAGGGGAGCCACUUGGAUCUGCUGCAAAGAGGGGGCGUCUACCAGAGCCUGUUGGAGAAACAGAGCAGGGGCUUCGACCGCAACGGGGUCGACCGGGACCAGGAGGGACCAGAAAAGCAGGACUGAGAGCUCAGAGCAGCCUGCACUCCACUGCACACUGCACACUCUCUGCAGGGAGAAGAAUACAUUGAGACUGCUGUGGAAGAAUACAUGGAUACUGCUGUGGAAGAAUACAUUGAUACUGCUGUGGAAGAAUACAUUGAUACUGCUGUGGAAGGGCCUUUUAAACUGAAGACAGAAUUGUAUUAUUAAUCACAAAAACAAAGAUUGUACAGGAAGUGCUCUGAGACGUGCACUGUGACAGGGUACUGCAAUGACAUCAUCACUGUACGCUUCAUUCAUCAUCAAAUCAAAUCAAAAAUGAUCUCUGUUCUGCAUUUGUAUUGUUCUGAAAUGUCCGUUUUCAGCUGAAUGUUAAUUGAAGUGGCCUCUUGCUGUGAGACUUCGUAUCUCUGUGCUCUUUUGCUCUUUUGCGUGGCAGUGCGCAGGGACCGUGACUCCGGUACAUUCACAAUUCCUUGGAGGCUACAUAUCUGAUGUGACAUUCAGUGGGGCAAAGCGAGGGCCAGUCCAGCCCAGAUAUGCAUUACACCAUACAUGCCAUUACUCACUCGAACCAAUUUGAGCUGAUCAGGUAUUAUUAUUAUUAUUAUUAUUGUAUUGAUCACCUCUGAGGCUCUCUAGGAGAGGAGUGGUUCCCCAGAAAUUCUGUGGAUUAUAGAUAAACAAGCAUGCAAUCUGGCUCCUAUAAGAGCACUGUGGAUCAUUGAUAAAUAAACAAGCGUGCAAUCUGGCUCCUAUAAGAACAUUAGAACCCCCCCUCUUUAAUUCCCCUCGUGUCUGCAGGGCGCAUGUAAUGGAGUGUGUCCAGUAAGUGAGACCUGACUGUGACCCUGAGCCGUCCGCAGUCCAAGUGUGCUAGGAGGACUCCGCUGUGCCUCAUGACUUGGUGUCACUGUUUUUAAAUUGCUGUACAUCACAGGGCUGAAACUCACACCAGCCCUGCUGCACCCAGUCCUGGGGUUAUUAUACAAUCAGCUCCCUGGUAAAGCUGCUGUGAAUGAACUGAUUCUCAUCACGGCAUCAAUACGUCUCACCUGUGAGUCUGCAGGGUUACUAAUAGGAGUUUGAACAAUCAGCCCCCUGGUAAAUCUGCUGUGAAUGAACUGAUUCUCAUCACAGCAUCAAUACGUCUCACCUGGGAGUCUGCAGGGUUACUAAUAGGAGUUUGAACAAUCAGCCCCCUGGUAAAUCUGCUGUGAAUGAACUGAUUCUCAUCACAGCAUCAAUACAUCUCACCUGGGAGUCUGCAGGGUUACUAAUAGGAGUUUGAACAAUCAGCUCCCUGGUAAAUCUGCUGUGAAUGAACUGAAUCUCAUCACAGCAUCAAUACGUCUCACCUGGGAGUCUGCAGGGUUACUAAUAGGAGUUUGAGCUAGUGUGAGCUUCAAGUGCAUUGACUGAAGCAGGUCUAAGUGCAGUGUGUGUUUCUCUAUUCAGUUAUAUCACAGUGCAUUGAUUGAAGCAGGUCUAAGUGCAGUGUGUGUUUCUCUAUUCAGUUAUAUCACAGUGCAUUGAUUGAAGCAGGUCUAAGUGCAGUGUGUGUUUCUCUAUUCAGUUAUAUCACAGUGCAUUGAUUGAAGCAGGUCUAAGUGCAGUGUGUGUUUCUCUAUUCAGUUAUAUCACAGUGCAUUGAUUGAAGCAGGUCUAAGUGCAGUGUGUGUUUCUCUGUUCAGUUUUGCACUCCAGGAUUAUUAUUUCAUUCAGUGAAUUUGUUUUUUAAGUUCUAGUUUCCAGUAGCUUUAGAUCCUUUUCAAUUCUUUUUUAAGCUGCAUAUUUCUAAUAUUUCCAUGCAUUGAUUUUCACAGUAUCUGCAAACACAAGAUGUAAAUAUUAAUUAAUAUUAAUAUCCACUGAAACAAAGUGAGUCACAGCUGUAACUCACAAGUCGUUUUCUUAUUUAAAUCUGUUGUGUUAAAUCAAAUACAGUUUGAGAAUCCACAAUACUGUUCUAUCUAAUUUUAAAAUGCAAAACUUCUUUUAAUGAAUACAAAGCUAAUCCCUUGUGAGUUCAAUCUUUGUGAGCGGGGUGCAGCUGUUUUUUGUUUUGUUCUUCUUGUUUUUUUUACAGGUUUGUCAAUGCAGGUGUUUCUGCUGUAAUUUUUAAUUAAAAAAAACUUUAUUGAAAAAGAAUGUGUGUGUUUGUG